CCUCACUCUGCAAGACACACAUUUGACAAAAUGGUGCUUGGAGCGCUUGGGUCGCGUAUUUCCGAUGCGCUGCGCAAUAUGUCCAACGCCAUGCUUGUGGACGACAAAGUGCUCAACGAUAUGCUGAAGGAGAUCGGCAACGCCCUCAUUGCCGCCGACGUCUCGGUCCCGCUUGUCCUCAACCUACGCAAGGCCAUUACCCAGCAGGUGAACAUGGAGGAGAUGGCCCAGGGCAUCAACAAGCGCAAGCUCAUCCAGACUGCUGUCUUCCAGGAGCUCAUCAACCUGGUGGACCCCGGGCACAAGCCGUACGUGCCGGUCAAGGGCCAGACGAACGUCAUCAUGCUUGUGGGACUGCAGGGGAAUGGCAAGACGACGACGGCGGGAAAGCUCGGGUACUACUACCAGCGGAAGGGGUGGAAGGUCGGUCUUGUGUGUGCGGAUACCUUCCGUGCUGGUGCCUUUGAUCAGCUGAAGCAGAACGCCACCAAGGCCCGCAUCCCGUACUACGGCUCGUACACCGAGACCUCGCCCGUGGUGGUCGCCGCCGACGGCGUGGACAAGUUCCGCGAGGAGGGCUUUGAGAUCAUCAUUGUCGACACCUCGGGCCGCCACAAGCAGGAAGAGGCGCUGUUUGAGGAGAUGGCCGAGGUUGCCGAGGCUGUCGAGCCCGACACCACCAUCUUUGUCAUGGAUGCCGCCAUCGGUCAGGCUGCGCAGGACCAGGCCGAGGCCUUCCGCGAGCGAGUCGACGUCGGCUCGGUCAUCAUCACCAAGAUGGACGGUUCCGCAAAGGGUGGUGGCGCGCUCUCGGCCGUCGCGGCCACUCACUCGCCCAUUGUCUUCAUCGGCAUGGGCGAGCACAUCGACCAGCUCGAGCCGUUCGACGCCUCGUCGUUUGUCUCGCGCCUCCUCGGCCGCGGCGACAUCAUGGGUCUCGUCUCCAAGCUCCAGGACGCCGGCAUUGACCAGCAGCCCGAGCUGCUGGAAAAGCUCAAACAGGGCGUGUUCACCCUCCGCGACAUGGCUGACCAGUUCCAGAACCUGUUGCAGAUGGGCCCCAUCUCGUCGGUCAUGUCCAUGAUGCCUGGCAUGUCGUCGUCCAUGCUCAACUCGGGCUCGGACGAAGAGUCGGCCCGCCGCAUCAACAUGUUCCUCUCCAUCAUGGACUCGAUGACCAAUGAGGAGCUCGAUUGCGACGUCAAGUUUAACCCGUCGCGCAUUGCCCGUGUCGCCCGCGGCUCCGGCACCUCGGUCAACAUUGUUUCGUCGCUGCUCGACGAGUUCAAGCGCUUCGCAAAGGUCUUCAAGAAGAUGAAGGGCCUCAACAUGAACUCGCGCAACGGGCCUGACCUUUCCAAGGUCCUCGACCCGCGCAUGAUCCAGCAGAUGGGUGGCCGCUCCGGCCUGCAGUCCAUGAUGAAGUCGUUCGGCAACAUGAUGAAGGGCGGCAAGCUGCCAGGCAUGUAAAACGCAUCUCACUCGA